AUGGACACCCCCAAGCCAACAGUUCUCGUAAUCUCCGGAGCAUGGCACACCCCAAAGUCCUACACCAAACUCGCCAAUGCCCUCAAAAAAGAGGGCUACGAAGUCCACGUCCCUCGCCUCCCCAGCAUGAACGGCGCAAACCCACCCAACGCAGAUCUAACAACCGACACAGACCUAAUCCACAGCUACGUCGAAAGCCUCGCCUCCGCCGGUCGCACAAUAGUAGUAAUUAUGCACUCCUACGGCGGCCAAGUCGGAACUAACGCCCUCCACAAUCUUGGUCGAAACGAACGUAAGAAACAAGGACUGGUCGGCGGAAUCAGCCAUCUGAUCUACAUGUGCGCUUCUCUUUUCACAGAAGGGGCCUGUAUAUUAGAUAUCGCCAGGGAAUUUGGUACCGCGGAUCAGAUUGCUAAUGCAUCUGAUAUUCUGGGUAUGUUUCCGAAGGAAGAGUUGAAAAAGCUCAUGGCUGGGCCUGGGGUGGAUGAUGCGGAUGCUGAGGAGCUGGUUUCGUCGUUGACGAGGUGGAAUGGGGAUGCCAUGUUUCAGCCUUUGGAGAGGUAUGCUUGGAGGGAGAUUCCGUCGACCUAUAUUCAUACGACUAAUGAUCUUGCUGUGUCGUUGGAGUUUCAGAGGGUUAUGGUUGAGAAGGCUAGGGCUGAGGGUGGGGUUUUUCAGACGGUGGAGUUGGAGGCUGGUCAUGGUGUUCAUUUGAGUAUGACUGCGGAGGUGGUUAAGAUUGUUGACGGCGUAGUGGCGAGAGGAGUCUAG